UUAGAGGCGAAAAAUAAGAAAAAAAAUAUUCUGAACCAAUGGACUGCAGACACAGUACAGGAAAUGACCAGAGACUGUGGACAUACUACAGGAGAUGACCAGAGACUGCAGACAGUACAAGGGAUGACCAGAGACUGCGGACAUAGUACAGGAGAUGACCAGAGACUGCGGACACAGUACAGGGAUGACCAGAGACUGCGGACACAGUACAGGAGAUGACCAGAGACUGCGGACAUAGUACAGGAGAUGACCAGAGACUGCGGACAUAGUACAGGAGAUGACCAGAGACUGUGGACAGUACAAGGGAUGACCAGAGACUGCGGACAUAGUACAGGAGAUGACCAGAGACUGCGGACACAGUACAGGGAUGACCAGAG